GGAGGAGGGCGUGCUGGGACAAGCAGGUCGGCCAGAGGUGGAGCCUCAGAGACAGGAACCUGUUUGAAGGUUUCAGAACCAGAGACAAACUGGAUCAGGAUGUUUGGAUCUAACUUCUGCUGCAGGUCGCUGAGAAUCAGGGGUGACCUUUGACCCCUCGUCAUCAGAGUCAUCUACCUGAGGGGGCGGGGCCAGAGGAGCUCGGGAGCUAAACAUGGCAACCACUUCCUUGGUGCCAGGCAGGGGUCUUGGUCUGGUCCUGGUGGAGUUCAAGUAUGAGUAUGAGGACCGGGAUAGGGUCCUAGUCUCCAUCAAACCCAAUGAGCGCUACAUCCUGUUGGCCAAGACCAACGACCACUGGUGGCACGUCCAGAAGGACAGCAGCUCCAGACCCUUCUACAUCCCGGCCAAGUACGUCAAGGAGCUGCCCACAGAGCUACCGUCUCCACUGGACUUUGCUGACCCACCCGGGUCAGAGCCUGUCGCUCAUCCGGUGGUGGCCCCUGUCCCUGUCCCUGUCCCGGUUCCUGUCCCUGUCCCGGUUCCUGUUCCUGUCCCGGUUCCUGUUCCAAAGAAUCUGGAGGAUCCCGGAGGGACGAGAACCAAACAAAAUGAUGAGGUGAUGAUCCGCCUCAGACCUGACUCUUCAAAUCGGCACCACCGGAAUGAGAACCGCAUGUCCACAUUCGGCGUACCCCUGGACUUACCCGACUCGACGCACGUGAAGUCAUCACCCAGGGUCCACAGCAACCACCAUCCUGACUCUGCUGAGACCAGAACCACGGCUUCCACUGAGACUACAAACAUGGCUGACAAUAAAAAGCAGCCCCACAUUCAGAGUCUCCUGGAUGACCAACUGAAUUCUGGGAAAAACCGAGUUCCCAGCUUCAGUCCAGCAGACCCUCGGACCUCCAGCCGGCCCCAGAACCAGCCCAUCCCGGUGGAGAUGCCGGUGGUUCCCCCUCACAGCAAAACGUCUGAGGGUCACCAUGACGGCAAGCAAGAGAAAGACGACCCGGAGGAGGAGGAAGAGGAGGAAGAGGAGGAGAAGGUCCCCGAGGAGGCGACAAGCUCAGAGAGCAGCGAGGAAGAGGAGGAGCCCCGAGGUCACCACAUCUACGAGUCCAUCCAGGACCUGAAUCUGAACCUGGAGGCUCUGAGCAGAGAACCAAAGGGUCCAUCAGCCGUGUCUGAGCCAGAACCAGAACCUCCAGCUGCAGCCCUGCCCUCCACACAGGACCAAAGCUCAACCAGCCCUAGCUCGCCCAUAUACGCCAACGUCUCUUCCCUGAAGAAAACGUCUCCUCCUCAGAUCUCCAUCUACUCCCCGCCCCCUGCAGACCCCGACCCAUCAGAACCAGGACAAACACUCUUAUCAACAAGCUCCUCCUCCAGCAUGAUGAGCCCCGCCUCCCCUGUCAGCCCACAGGACGAAUGGCAGGUACACACCGAUAAGGAGAGUGGGAGGAGGUUUUUUUACCAUCCUCUAACCAGACAGACCACCUGGUCCGACCACCGAGGCCAUUCACCGGCUGGAGACAUGGACCUGUCCAGUCCGCUCUCCCCGACCUCCUCUCAGGACUCCUGUGAGUGGGAGAAGCUGCUGGACGAGGUCUCAGGGAGAGUCUACUACUACAACUCCAACACAGGAGCCACUUCCUGGGCUCUCCCUGACCAAACGCCCCCCUCCUCUCCUCCUGGGUCCACAGCCAGCAGAAAGCAAUAUGAUGACCUGCCUCCUCUACCAAAGGAAGACUAUCCCGUGGACAGACACAGCAACGAUGGAGACUCUGUCUUUACGAAUCCUCAGCAGCAGCCUCCUCAGAGUCCCAGAGCUCAGCUGGACCCGAAGGACCCAAACAGCCAGCAGAGGCAGCAGGAGCAGAGGUUGGUGGGAAAUGGAGUUCCUGUGGGUGGAGCUCUGCAGGUCAGGACCAUAAGGCACAGCAUCGCUGAAGACAUGUUCUCCCCGGGACACAGAAGGAUCUCCUCUGACAUCACAGAAGCCUCCAGAAAGCAUUCUCCAGAUAGUCCACAGUUCCCUAAUAGGCUCAAGCUGAGGAGGAAUCUAUCCAACCAAAGCACAGGCACUCCCAAGCAACAUCACUGCCACCUGCUGGACAAGGCAGGGAUUGUCAACAAGACCAAAGUAGCCGAUCAUGGCAAAAAGACGAGGAAGAACUGGAGUCAGUCCUGGACCGUCCUCCAUGGUGGGAUUCUUACUUUUCACAAGGACCCCAAAUCUUCUUCAGCCGGGAACACAAACAAAGCUUCACAGAUUGUUCCCGAGUACACCGUGGAGCUGAGAGGGGCCUCGCUUCAAUGGGCCCCCAAAGAAACGUCCUCCAAGAAGUUUGUCCUGGAGCUGAAGACCCGGCAGGGCUGCAAGUAUCUGAUGCAGCACGACACGGAGAGCAUCAUCACAGACUGGUACAAAGUCAUGCAGGAGGCCAUCCAGCAGCUGACGACGCACCAGCCGGUACGGCAACACGCCCUACAGCCAAACCCAGGCCGUCUGCAGGAACCGGAGCAUCUGAGCGACGAUGACGAAGACACGGGCUCAGACAGGGAGGACAGGAAGAGGACAUCCACUAGGAGCACCUCAGGAGCAGACUCGGAGCAGAGCCGGAUCCGGGGCAAACUGAGACGCUUCCUGCAGAGGAGGCCGACGCUGCAGAGCGUCAAGGAGAAGGGAUACAUCCGAGACAACGUGUUCGGCUGCUACCUGGACGUCCUGUGCCACCGGGAGAACUCCACCAUCCCCAAAUUUGUGGAGAAAUGCAUCAAAACGGUGGAGAGGAGAGGUCUGGAUGUUGACGGGAUCUACCGAGUGAGCGGGAACCUGGCUGUUAUCCAGAGGCUCCGACAUAAAGCGGAUCACGAAGAACAUUUGGACCUGGAGGACGGGCAGUGGGAGGAGAUCCACGUGAUCACCGGAGCGCUGAAGCUCUUCUUCAGAGAACUUCCAGAACCGCUGUUUCCCUUCAGCUGCUUCGAGAAGUUCAUCGCCACCAUCCAACUUCCAGAGUACAGCCAGAGGGUUUCCUACACCAAGGACCUGGUCCGCUCUCUGCCGCUGCCAAACUACGACACCAUGAAGCUGCUCUUCACGCACCUGCGCAGGGUGGUCGAGCACAAAGACUCCAACAGGAUGUCGGUUCAGAGCGUGGCCAUCGUGUUCGGACCCACGCUGCUGCGGCCGCAGGUCGAGUCCGCCAACAUGACGGUCCACAUGGUCUUCCAGAGCCAGAUCGUGGAGCUCAUGCUCAACCAGUUCAAGGACAUCUUCUCUGAGAUGUAGGAGGUCCGCUGCCACCUUCCAGAACCUUCUGAGACACAUACACCGACCUGAACAGUCUCCCAACAUUUGUAGAACCAGAAGAACCAAUGGGACUAAAACCAACCCCUUUAACUUCAGAGACAACCAUCAAAAAGCUCCAGCUUGGUUCUGAAACAUCUGAAAGAACCAAAUCAAACGGACCGGAUGUCGCCUAAUCAGCCAGAGAAAUGUCAGAGUUCUACUGAAACCUUUUGGACCCAGAUUCUGAGUCCUCUAAAGGAGGAGGUUCCAGCAUAGAAAUGGAUCUUCUCGUAGAACCUGCUGGAACCGGCCCACCUGAAUCCACCAGUGACCAACUGCACACCAGGGAAACCUCCAGAACUAAGGAACAGGUUCUGGAGAUCAUCUGUUGAACUGCGUCAAAUCUCCUGACACCUGAAGAACUAAAGGUCCAACUAGGAGAACCUGGAACCUCCAGGACUAAAACCUUCUGGACCUUUAUAUGUUUGAUUGUUUCCAUCUCAGAAACGGCUCGUAGAACCUGCUGGGAACUUCCCUCCUGACUAGCACUGGAACCUUCUCUAAGAGAAUUGAGAUCCAGAACCCUUCAGAACCUCCAUGGUGCAUCAGUCCAUAUGUCAGGUUCUCUGUCCACCUCCCCUAGAACUCUGAGCCUCAGAUAACAUCGAUGUCCUGUUCUAGUUCGGGUUAAGUUGUUCCAUGGACGGUUCCUGGAGGUCCAGUUUGGCGCUUCCUUUCUUUCUUAGGAAAACAAGCCGGUGCUUUAGAACUCCUGCUGUUUGGGUUCUCUGUGUAUUUAUCUCCAGAUUAGAACCGUGUAGAACUCUGGAUACAGAGGGGAUUUCUGCUGGUCGAGCUGUUCUUGUUUUUCCUGGACUGGUUCUGUUAGGUUCUGCUGCUUGUUUACUUUGCUUUUAAAUCUACAGAACAACCCGACCCAUCAGGACUCUGAGGAGAACUCAGCAGACCUGGUGGGUGGGAACCUUUCCAACGUUCCUGCGUUUGUUCCAGGAAGCUCAUCCUUCCUUCCUCUGAGGGUCUCCUGACCAGAACCGGAUCAUCCCUGGGCAGGUUGAUGGACCGGUUCCGGUCCGAAUGUUCCUGUAUGCUGUGAGCUGUCAGUUUAUCCUUCAGGUGCAGAACUUCACUUUUCAUUCUUCCAGGUCAAAUUUAAAGGAACGCGUCUUUUCAGACAUUAUUCCUUAUUUUUCAAAAGAUAAAAACUCAAACUGACCUUCAUCACCUGAUCCCAGUUUUAGUUAAACUUCUUAAAUUUGUAAGACUUUAAAUCUGAAUCCAGACCAUGCUCGGUUCCUCAGGGUCUGCAGCUCAGUUCCUCCUCCAAAAGGUUUUCUAUCCAAGGAAUCCCAGCAGGUUCCAUCGAGUCUUUGUUUCUUCAGGAGAAGAUUCUCCACCUCAGCUUUUAAAGUGAAUUCAAUGCACUUGGAGGCCAAUAAUGGCCUGAAGAUCCACAGCGAAUCCCUGAAGUCUGGGAAUGUGUGGAGAAGCAGGAAGUGUGAAUACCAGCGGUUCUGACCAGUCCCUGAUGUCAGUGCCGGGUUUAAGUUCAUCAGAGCUCCACGUUAUAAUUUGGUAUAUUUCCCAAAGGACCGUCCUGGUCUGAGAGUCGAGGGAAUCAUCCGAUCCUUCCCAACAGAUCCCGGAUCCCUGGGAUGCUCUCAAAGAGUGAAAACUGGAAUGUGUGACUCUUGAAAAGAGUCGUGGAAAGUUUAAAUCCGGGGAUGGUGCUGUGAAGGUCCAGCGGGCCCAGGAUGGUUCCCUGAGGAACUCCCAGACGCCCAGAGAACAAAAUCCUUCAAAUGAUUUUCAUGGUGGAGUUUUCCUGGAACAGUUCUGCUGUAAUGGACUUGGUUAUGGAUGGUCUGUACGUCAGCUCUUUGUUUUAUACUGUUUAAAUGUAUUAGAGACACAGAACAAGUAAACAUAGAAUACACAGAGUUUCUGUAAAUAAGAGGGAAUUUUACUGAAUUUUAUUUAGAAAUAAAGUAAACUGAUAAACAAUGAA